GAGAGUGAACCGAUGGAUUAGAAACGCAACGUAUUUCUUUGACCUGAACGCUCUAUUCAUUCGGGUGUAUCGAAUUAUUCAGUUUAAAUCCUUUAACGACGACACUUCUAAUGUAUGUUGUUUGAUAACCACAAUACCAUAAUAAUAAACAAGCUUUACUGUAAAUUCGACAUAAACGACGUGAAGAAAUUAUGACGAAAAUAUAGGUGCAGAAUUCUAGGAAUAUACAAUUUGGAUCCAGUAUUUUGUUACUCGUCGGAUAUUAACGCUACUGAACACGGAUGAAGACGACGUUAUAGGAUGGUGCUAUCUUUCGUUUAAUGACGCCAAAUGUGGGCCUUUGGAUUAAGAUGUGUGUCUUCGCAAAUAUCUAUAUAGGAUUAAUUAAUGGAACAUCGUUUAUAAGAACUGCUGAACUAGGAUUUGAUUCUUCUCCUCAAAAGGUUUAAUAAAGAACCCCAACAGUCAAUCAUGGAGUGGACAAACACAACUAGAGUUGAUGAGAUCGAAAGUCAACCCUCUCGACGAAUCGAAAUCUGCGAUAAGUAGCCAUUAGCGCAAAGACAAAUAUUUUGAUAGGGAAAAGAUUUGAAUCAACAUUUAACCCAUCCCACUCCGUUGUUCUUCAAACACUUCGGAUAAUAGAGAGGAGCGGUAGCCAUGACUUCUUCUGUUGGUUCUGUUGUUGACCCUACGGCCUCCGAGGCCAUCGAGCCCUGUGACGUCAGCAUGGGGGCACGGCCUGUGGACGAUGAGUGCUGUGAGGAUGCAAAGUUGAAGACGAAGGUAAUUCCAAGUCUGCCUACCUUGGCAGAGCUGGCCGAUUACACACCAGAUGAAUGGACAGAAGAAACUUCUUCAGCUAUGCCGCGAAGUGAUACGAAAGCGAGGCCGAUCCGACCGGGAAGAAAAUACAAACCAGCUCCUGUUCAGCCGUUCGGAAAUGGACACCAUCAACAGAUUAAUCACCAGACGGGCGUUAGCGUUGGGAACAAGACAACGUCGCCCUCGUCGUCUCCGUCAUCGUCUCCGAGAAACUGGCAGUCGUCGCUUCGAAAUGGAUCCAAUGACAAUACGACGCCUUGGAAGAGCAGUCUGGCUAGUCCAAGGAUACAGUCGACGCCGCGGAGUCCUCGACUUCCACGCAGAUUGCCGUCUAUCACUCGAUCGGACUCACAAGAAAGUGCCACAAAUUUUGACGUUGAUGUCGGGGAUUUUUCAAACAAAAAAGAAAAUACAUCGGGACUCAAGGACGAAUCUUUAAAUAAUGCUGAGGCUUUCUCGGCUUACUCAAUAUCUCCUCGUCCACUCCCGACCUCAUCCAUUUUCUUCCAGAAAAUAAUGACAGAUUUUCAUGAUCGACCGAGCUCAUCCCUCGAUACAAGUGGCCCUGGCGACCUAAUGGUGAGGCGGUCUUCGUUAGUACGGACAACGCUCGGUUCUCCGCCACUCUUACAGAUAAAGGAAGUACCCGACGAUGAGCUUUCAGGAAUGAGCGAAUUGGGGUUGGACAUCGAAUUAGCCCCACCUCCUGGAAGCGUGGAUGACCAUGAUGAGAAAACACAGGUUGGUGAGUCGACGUCGCAUUCGUUUGGAAAUAAUAAAGAACAAAAUAACUGUACGAAUAAAGAUAUGUCUCCACCAGUGUGUAAAAUAAACCAAGACAAGUCGGGUAAAAAUCACGUCAAAACGACGUCUCCACGACGCCCUCUAAGGUUUUCGAUGGAUAGCAGACUUUCAACAUGCCAAAUUAAUGGCGAUGACGCCAGCAACCGCUCUCAGUCAGUGUGUAAAGUAAAUGAGGACAGUGAAAAUAACAAUCACAUCAAGACCACGUCGCCGCGACGUCCAAUCAGAUUGUCGCUCGACAGCAGACUUUCGACAUGUGCUAUCAAUGGUGAUGACGCAACUGCGAAAGGUAUAGUCAUUAGCGUCCCUACCGCAGAUAGCCUGCAGUCGACCGCGUCGCCCCGAUUGAGGAGGCGAUCACGUUUACGCUCUCGAGAGGCUAGGACGUCGAUAAGCGGAGACAGCUGUAUGGGUUCGUCCGAGAUGUCGUCGUCGCCGGACCGGUCGUCGAAUCCGAGGCGGAAGAUUAGUGAGCAGCACAACAAACAUCGACAGACAUGUCCCAUCACUCCCGUUCGGAACCAGCACAAUCAUAUUGACAUGAAAACAGCGGGAAACAUCAUCAAAUUCAUUACUGCUGCAUCAGCUUCGUCCAAAGCACCAGGUCUCAACCGCAACCAGCAGCUCCUCCCGUCCGACGUUCGCCUUCCCGUUGUCGACCCCAGCGGCCGUCUUCUCCAUCGGAACCGUGACGAGUCAAUGCGGCUGGUGAAACAAGCCGUCGAUCUCAAUGUAGAGAGCGAGGAGAAAUCAGACGUUUACAGUUGGGACGAGCUUCGCGAUUGCCGUUACCUAAGGACGAAGAAAAAUUCACGGGAAUCGAGACGGAAUAGUCUGCUCGGGUUCAACGAAAUAUGAAUCAUCUGAAAAUAGUUAUAGUUAACUAAGAGGACACUUCUCCGUGGUUAUUUGUCACGCGUUUUUUUUAUAUGUCAGGCAUGCAUUGUCCACUUCUCAAGAAUGAUACAAUUACCAAGUUGGCAGGUUGGUGAGUUCAGUACUCCAAGCUUUCGGUUGAUUAAACAAAAUAUUUAAUAUCGAUCCGAAUUUGAGUAUAAUUCCAAAGUUAUGAUAAUCACAUAAUCCGAUGAAAUUCAUCUUAAUUUUUAUGAAGAGUUUAUCUCCCUCCAAAGACUGGCGAUCCGUUGGUUAACAUAAUUUAUUACUUAAUCUCUAAAACCUCUCAAGGUUUUAUGCAGGUUCUUACUCUUAAAGGAAGUUAAUAAAAGGUUUAAAAAAUAUACGAUUACUACGACAUUCAAAAGCUUUGCUAGGUUUUUGAAAUAUUAUGCAAAUGAGAAAGUAGAAGAUAUCGCAGAAUCAAUACCGCACUUUUUUUAAUAUUAUGAAUAUAUAGUAUUGAAAUCAUAGUAGAUUUGAUGAAAAGAGAAAGAGAUCCUGAUUUGCAUUAUAAACAGAUGUUAUUAUUUCAUAUUCCAUGAAAUUACAGUAAGUUUAGUGAGUAUGUGCCCUCAUAUAUACAGUUGUGCUCAAAAGUUAGUGAACCUCACCACAAAAUGCACUCUUUCAUGCUGAGUGAUGAAUGUAGACAGCAACACUACAAUGUACUGCCAGCCCCGAGAAUGUAUAUCAUCUGACUUCACAAUUUCUUAUCAGUUGAAUACUUUGAAUAUGUUCAUUUUCUGGUGGGGUUCACGUACUUUCGAGCACCAUUGUACAUAGUACUGUAGGCCUAUAUACACCACGUUUUUGAGAAACCAAGCAAAACCUUACAAUGCCAUAACCCUCUGAUCGAGACCAACAUCCGAUUUUGAUGGAAUUGUCAUUUAUGCUCGAUUUUAGUCAAACCAACUUGUUGUUUGAGUUUCCUUUUAUGAUAGUAGCAUAUGGUCUGAGAGACUAAGUAAUCUCGAAAAAUGACUUGAUAUAAAUAUUGAGAUCUCAUUCAUACUAUACAAGCAUGGGCCCAGGGUCCAUAAUGUUAAACGGCAAAAUGUGUACAUUCAAGUUCCUCAAAGAGGCCUCCGCACACCUAACGACUGGUCAACCAGCCGAUUUUGCAACAUGUCGCAGUUAGCAGGUGUUUAGCUUUAUAUUCUAAAAAUGCGAAUGAAAAGUGUAUUUUAUUUUAGACUCAAAUGUUCUGUAAGAGUACCAAUAUAACCAUUUUUUGAUAAGUGCAAUCCUUUAUUUUGGAUUAAAUACCCAAUUGGUUUCAAAUCGUAACCAAACAUUGUGAUUGCUGUGCCGUCAUUACGACUAGAUUACAAGGAUAACAUAGUCACAGAUUUAAAUACAAGUAUUCGUACGACGAUUAAGAACUUCGAAGAGUAAGAAUUUCCAUGUGUCAAUGUUCUUGGGCAAUGUUCACAUUAAAAAAUUCCACUAUGUUUUAUUCUAAAAUCGGGUCGCAGACCAAUCUUGAGAUGUGCGAUGGCCUUUUAACAUUUGAAAAUUGACGAUCCAGAAACCAUACUGUUCAUAACGAUUUGCAUUCAUAUUGGACAUCGGAUAAAGCGUUUUAUAGAUUAUGAAUAAUAGAAAAUUUUUACAAUUUUAUGAGAUAAUGACCGUUGAAAUAUUCUGUCUGACGGAAAUAAACGAGCAAUUAUUCUUUAUAAAAUGAUUUUGAAUUAAUAUUAUUGUAUCGAGCUGGGUUCCCAUUUCAUAAAACUCGUUAUAAUAACAAAUUUACAAUUUUUAUUACAAAUUUACUAUCAGCCAAUCAGAUUGAAGGAUUUUGCCAUUUUACAAGUCUUAUGAAAUGGGCCCCAUAUCUUUUCUUUUGAAAUCUCUUCCUUUAUUUUCACUCAUUUAAAAAAAUACUUUUUCCCCACCCGCCUUCUCUUGUCUCCUUCCUCACGCGAGUCUGUUAAAGCAUGUAUUAACUUUUUGCAACAUCAACAAUUUUAGAUUUCCGAAGCGGGAAUUCAUUAUCAGAUUAAAUAAAAGAUAUGCUUGGUGGAAGAUACGAUAU